GUGUGUGUGUGCGUGUGUGUGUGUGUGUGUGCGUGUGUGUGUGUGUGUGUGUGUGUGUGUCUGUCCGUAGCAUUUUGGCGCCAUCUGGCUCAAGCGAGAAACGCCAACGUACGUGCCUGACCGAACCACCUAUUCCUCGAGUUCGCCUUUGAGACGUGCACGCCACGAUGGCUCAGAAGGCGCCUGUCCGAGUGUGCUUGCUGAUCCCUCUCCUCGUCCACGGCGUCUGCGGCACGACCGCAGCGUUGGAGGUCAACUUUCAGCAGGAUGACACCGUGCUCCUGCAGCUCGGCACGGACGCCACGAGCUUCGACCUCGACCGCGUCAGUUCCCGUAAGGGCGUGCCUACAGUGACCUCCAUGGUGCUCCACGUGAACGCCAGCCAGCAGAAAGGACAACGCCAAGUCGAGGCGGCUGACCACAUGGUGAAUGGGGCCUCCUGGAGCCAGUUGGGGCAGGACAUCGAUGGCGAAGCCCCAGGCGAUCAGAGUGGCAAGUCGGUGUCGCUGAGCAGCGACGGCAGCCGCGUGGCCAUUGGAGCGAUCAACAACGGCGGUGCUGGGUACAGUUCAGGUCACGUUCGCGUCUUCGGGCUUUCGGGCAACACAUGGAGCCAGUUGGGGCAGGACAUCGAUGGCGAAGCCUCUUACGAUUACAGUGGCUGGUCGGUGUCGCUGAGCAGCGACGGCAGCCGCGUGGCCAUUGGAGCGUCCUACAACGGCGGUGCUGGGUACUGGUCAGGUCACGUUCGCGUCUUCGGGCUUUCGGGCAACACAUGGAGCCAGUUGGGGCAGGACAUCGAUGGCGAAGCCUCUGGCGAUUACAGUGGCGGGUCGGUGUCGCUGAGCAGCGACGGCAGCCGCGUGGCCAUAGGAGCGCACUUAAACGACGGUGCUGGGUACGUGUCAGGUCACGUUCGCGUCUUCGGGCUUUCGGGCAACACAUGGAGCCAGUUGGGGCAGGACAUCGAUGGCGAAGCCUCUUACGAUUACAGUGGCGAGUCGGUGUCGCUGAGCAGCGACGGCAGCCGCGUGGCCAUUGGAGCGACCGGCAACGGCGGUGCUGGGUACAGGUCAGGUCACGUUCGCGUUUUCGGGCUUUCGGGCAACACAUGGAGCCAGUUGGGGCAGGACAUCGAUGGCGAAGCCUCUUACGAUUACAGUGGCUGGUCGGUGUCGCUGAGCAGCGACGGCAGCCGCGUGGCCAUAGGAGCGUCCUACAACGGCGGUGCUGGGUACAGGUCAGGUCACGUUCGCGUCUUCGGGAGCGUCCUACAACGACGGUGCUGGGUCAAGUUCAGGUCACGUUCGCGUCUUCGGGCUUUCGGGCAACACAUGGAGCCAGUUGGGGCAGGACAUCGAUGGCGAAGCCUCUGGCGAUCGGAGUGGAGGGUCGGUGUCGCUGAGCAGCGACGGCAGCCGCGUGGCCAUAGGAGCGUACUUCAACGACGGUGCUGGGUCAAGUUCAGGUCACGUUCGCGUCUUUGGGAUUGAGGCACCGACGCCGGUGCCUUCGCCAGCGCCGCCUGCAAUGACUGCUGCUGCAGUCGGGGAUCCCCACCUGGUAAAUAUGUACGGGCAGCGUUUUGAUCUCCUUAAGGUCGGCAAACACUUGCUGGUAGAGGUCCCACAGUUUGCAGCGGAGAGCGCGACGCUCCUGGCCGUCGCGGCCGUGGCACAGCGUUUGGGCGACGCCUGCUCGGACGUUUACUUUGUGUCCCUCAAUGUGACCGGCAAGUGGGCGGACGGCGUGCGCGAGGGCGGCUUCCAUUACACGGCCAAGCAGCCGCAGGCUCACAGAAAAGGAACGGGCUGGCUGAGCUUCCACAGCAUUCAAUUGAAGACCGUAUGGGGCCGUACUGGCGGAGGCAUUUCCUACCUGAAUCUGUUCGUCAAGAACUUGGGCAAGUCGGGGUAUCCAGUCGGCGGUUUGCUCGGCGGUGGGGACCACGCGUCUGUGACCAAGCCAGUUUUGCGCUGCAAGCGCGAACUGGUCCUAUAGAUGGUCUUCUUUUCACAGUUACUUGCUAUGGGGCCGUGAGGAUUGCCACGGCCUCUUUUAAGGGUUAAUCUUACUCGUGAAUAAAUGCUCAUCCAUUCAGGACUCAGGACAGAAAUUCAUGCGCGAACAAAGCAUGUCCAUCUCUCGUUCAAUUGCCGUGUGGGAUAAGCAAAGCUGGAGUAUUUAAUUGCAUGGCACUGCAGCCCAAGGUAGCAGCGCCUUCACGCAGCAGUGUCCAGCGAGCUGCAGCCCAAGGUAGCAGCUCAUUUACAGCGCUGGUCGCUGCAUCCCAGGCACUAUAUACUCAGAGCAAGCGAGAGAAGAUGCCCGCGGCAGAGCUGUCAUAGAGAAACAACAUGGCGG